UCUCAGUCUCACUCUCAGUCUUAGUCUCAGCUUCAGCGCGCGCUUAUUUUCGUUUUGUAACUCGCAUUGCAGCAAGCGCGCGCGCUCGAAUUGGACGUGACUGUGAACGACAGAUGACUCUGCCUGAGACCAGCAUGAUGCGUGACGAGCCUGGCUUGGUCGAAUGCGGCGAGUACAGCGCUUGGAGCAAGCAGCAGCAGGAGCAGCAGCAGGAGCAGCGGGACGAGCUGCCGCCGCCCGCGUUUGAAGAGGCGUCGCCUGUCGUCGUGGGCAUCUCCGAGUGGAGUGCGCAGCCGUCCGUGUCCGUGUCGGUCUCCUCGAACGAGACGACGAGCGAGCUCGAGCGAAACCCGUCACCUUGGCCGGCGUCGUCCUCCUCGCCAAUCACAGCGGCGGCACUCGUGCUCCCUGGAAUACCUGGAAUACCUGGAUUACCUGGAAUGGCGAAGCAAGCAGAGGCCAGUCCAAUGUCGAUGGUCCUGGCGGACAGUGCGACUGCACCGACGUCUGCUUUCACCCGCGAAGCUUCAACGCGCGCAAGCAACGCAAGCAAGCCAAGCUACUCCUGCCUCCGUCCCGAAGACGACGAUGCUACUCAUGCAGAUGGUGCAGAUGGUAUUCACAAGGCCGCUGGACCGUCCAGAAUGCUCGAAGGCGACGAAGAAGACGAAAACCUGCUCCAUUCGUCCAACUUUCGUUCAGCUGCUGUGCCCAAAACUCAGUUCUGGAGUGCAAGUGACUAUCGCGCGCAGAGACCUCGACAAUUCGACGUCAUUGGUGACACUCCAAGAAAGUCGCUCAAGUUGAGGCGACCGAACUCCCCGGCUUCGCAGGGCACACCCAGGCCCAAAUCAAAGGCCCGCCCCGGAAGAAUCGAUGCACGACACGGACAAAGUCGACGCGCUUCAUCGCAAACAUCAUCCCAAGGCUCGACUUCCCGUAAAGUGCUCUCGCCCAAGCAACGGCACUGGCGAGAGAUUGCUCACAGACCAAACAACGAUAACUCGAACUCCGACAGCGAUGGCCACGACUCAAUCCGCCUCGAUCGGUUUGACCAACGUUUGCUCGCGGACGACUCGGGCGAUGAUGCCUUGUCCCGUCCGGGAUCGGAUAUCUCUGAGGAAGUGCGUCGCGAGAGACGGCGCGCUGCGUUAGAUCGUGGCUUCGACGACAACCGACUGACGUCUUCGCUGCAGCGACUCAAACGCCCUCGGCUCUCGGAUGACACGGCCAGCUGGGUUAAGACUAUACCCGACACUUUUGGCGAGGACGACGAAGAAGCAGCGCUUCCCAGUUUCUUGAGCAAAAUCGAAUUCAAGCCUCAGCGGACGCUUGCAAGCUAUUUCAAACCAAACCCAAUAGACCGCCUCUCCCAGUUCGCUCCACCCUCUCGUGCCACUGCGCCUUUUCCGGGACUGUGCAACAUUGGCAAUACGUGCUAUGUCAAUUCGGUGCUGCAACCUUUAUUCUACACUCGGGGAUUCUCGGCGUCGGUGGCCACGAGCUUGCAGCAGUUUCAGUUGCUUGAACGAUUCACCCUAAGCCUGUACAAAGACGACGCGCUUGCUUCUGAGAUCAAACAACAGCUCUGCUGUUUGUGGGAGGAUACGCUCGCUCCUGGCAGCCCCAUUUCGCCCUACCCGGUCGCUAGAGCGCUGUCUGUCCUGUUGAUUGAAAUGCAAGACUGCCUUGCCAAGCUUAAUCCUUCCUUUGCCGCCGAAACGCUCGGUCAAAGUGCAUCAGUGUCCGCCACUUCAUCAGAGCCCUUUUUCGGAGGCAUAGACAAGUGGCUUCGACCGUCCGAGUUUGUCAUGUGUCUGCGCGACCACCAUGCUCAAUUUUCGGGCUACACGCAGCAAGAUGCGCAAGAGUUUCUUCGCUACAUUCUGACGUGCAUGCAGGACUUUCUGGACAAAAUGGUUGCCUAUGUGACCACCGUCGCCAAUCUCAUUGCUCCUGAGCUGCUGCUUCACCUGCGUGGUGAUGGUGGUGGUGGUGGUGGUGGUGCAACUAGCGACAGUGUGGCAUCAGCGGCCUCGCUGAACAACAUUCAGUCUUCAGCGGUCCAGACUUCCCCGCUUCUCGCUUCGCUGCUGAAGCAAGCAGUGUCGGUCUUCCUGCCAUCAACGGGUGGCAACGUGCCAUUACCAGCCAUGUCGAGCUUAUUUCAAGGCAAGCUCACCACAUCGACAUGUUGUUUUGAAUGCGACACGCGCACUUGUCAGUCGGAAACAUUCUGGGACGUGAGCGUGCCGAUUCAUGAUCGCGAAAACGUCCUUCCGCUUUCCGAAACCCUGGAUGCGUUCACAACCCCCGAGCGGCUUCAAGGCAGCAACAAGUACCAGUGCGAUACCUGCCGGUCGUUCACUGAGGCCGAGCGGCGAAUCUUGAUUGGUGCGCUCCCCAACGUCAUGACUGUGCACUUUAAGCGAUUUGCAUUUGACGAGUUUAAUUCCAAGCUCAGCACGGUUGCCGCGCUUCCUUGGUCGAUGACAUUUGCCGAGUGGUGUGUUGACGACUGUCAAGGCCGCGAUGCGCUCUAUGAUCUUGCCGCAAUCGUUUUCCACUCUGGCUCGGGGUCUUCCAGCGGCCACUAUACCGCCGUUGUCAAUCUCUCGACGUGCAAACGAGCUUCAAUAGACCAGUCGUCCUUCCCUGGAAACAUCCCCGCUGCCUUGGGCCAACACCUUGCCUCAAGCCAGUCGGCUGUGCCAAUGGCGUUGGAUUCCGUCAACAGCACAAGUGCUGUCGGCCAGUCCGGCAUCACCGAACUCGAUUCGGGCUCUUCUUCUGCCGCUCCAGUGGUGCAGGCUGACGACCCCGCCAAGCAGCAAUGGGCCCUGUUCGACGAUUCCGAUGUCACCGCACUCAGUCCCGAGCAAGUCACCGAGCUUGUCAACCCGACGUCCGUUUCCGUCAGCACCUACCGCCCAUCUGCCUACAUUGUCAUGUAUGUCCGCCGAUGACCCCCCCAAGCACCAAGAACAGUGUUGCACCAUGUACAUGUACUGCAGCUUUUGUCACCCAGCUUUUCGUUUUCCAAUCCAGUUUUCGUUUUCCAAUCCA